AUGCCAAGAACUUCAUUUACGGCACGAGAAGCAUCUGCUGUUUUCAAUGGCGAUAAAUCAUUAAGUGAUGUUAACGUCACAGCAACAAGCUUCGUAGUACUCCAUGUGGCUGAAGAAACUUUAGCUAGUUGCGUACUCCAUUUGGUCAAUAGUGUAGAUAUAGUAGGUCUUAAAGUUCCUUCACGAGAAGAAAGAGCUACAAGUGCUGUAGCAUACUCGCAAGACAGUUCAGAGGCACUUGUCAGACGAUCUGCGACGGGUCUUCCACCAUACUCCACCAAUAUUCGACACAAUCGAAUUGCUGUGACAUUAGGAACUCCAUAA